AAACUUUAUAUAUAAUACGGAUUGGCGGCUGGCCUAGCCUCCACCGGAAGUGACAAAGGAAAACAAACGUCCACAUGGCUGGCCAACCCAAAGCUGACUGCGGUUUUAAAGUUUAAUUAGUGAUGUAAGAAUGAAUUUCUGAAUAUGGGGAAAACGAAGAAUAAAAAAUUCAAAAUAGAGAGACCAAAACCAACAGGUUUGAUAAGUGUUAAAGAUGCAGAGAAUGAAAUGGAACAGAGUACAAACUCUCCAAACAGUGACUCUAUUCAUUCCUUGCUCGAGAAGCUUAGUGGCCCGUCAGAGGAAGAGAGAGAAUGUAGUUGUACAACUUUAGCCAAUCUUGUAUCCCAGCCAAGUGCUGUAAAAAUUCUCCUUCAACACAAUGUGGUGAAAAUCCUGGCUCCUGUGAUUUUAGAUAAAAAUCCUGAGAUUCAAGUCAAAGCCCUUGGGGCACUGAGAAAUCUCAGUGUGGAUGGUGGUGAAACAGUCUGUCAAGAAAUGGUCAAGAAGGAUGUUCUCACACCUCUCCUGAUUCUGUUUAAACAGUAUGAUUCUAACUGGACCCCAGAGAAAUCUACUGGAAAGAAACACAAGGACUUUAAGUCUUCCAUUUUUACAGAAGCUGUGCAUAUAUUAUGGAAUCUGUGUGAGAAUAGUGAAGAGGCUUUGGAGAUUUUUAACAACGAGAAUCUCCUUCCUGUCUUGUGUCCAUGUAUGCAGUACACAGUGUAUGGAGAGGAAUUGGCAGUCACUGUUGCAAACUGCCUGUAUACAAUAACGGAAGACAAUUCCCCUGUCAUCAAGAUGUUUCAGGACCCAGAUGUUCUUGGUCUUCUAAAUUCUUUGAUUUCUUUAAGCUCUGACUCAUCAGACCUUAUCCUCUUAAAAAUGCUUGCAACAGGUAUUAUGGUAAAUAUCAGCUCAGGAAAAGCUGCAAAUGGUUUAGGCAGUGUAUUGAAAUCUGUCUCGGAGGUAUUAAAGCUUGAAGCCAUGGAUGUAGCUCAGAAAGUAGCUGGUGCAAAUUCUUCCUUAUUAAAUGGUGAGAAUGGUAUGGUGACAGACGAGGAAAAUGGCGCACCACACAAAAUAGUCACCGGCCAGGUAAGAACUUUGGAUUCUAAGAUGAAUUGGAGAAUACAUGGGCAUACAAAUAUAUUGUAA